AUGACACGGCCGCGGGGAGAUGAUGACGAGGGUGAGGACAUGGGCGAAACCGCAGUUCACCCCGCAGUAGAGGGGGUAGUAAGGGGCGGAAAAACGGGCGGAGCAGGCGCAAACGGGGGGGACGGCGCAGGGACCGCGGGGAGGCUUCUGGCGAUGGCGGACGAGAGGGGGAACUCAGCGGGGGAGGCGGAAGAGGAGGCGGAAGAUGAGGGACUAAGUGAUGAUGAGAUGGAUAUAGACGAGUUGGAGAAGCGGGUUCAGCGGGACCAGUUUAAGUUGCAACGGUUGAAGGAAAUGCGGAAGGCUAAGGAAGAGGCUCAACGGGCACGGCAGAAGAAGCUGCAGGGUCGAGUAAGCUACAGGGAGAAGAGGAGGAAAGGGUACGUCUUCUCAGUUGGCUCUCAAGCCACUCAGGAUCGAUCAGGCAGUAGUGGUGCUGGGGUCGUUUUGAGACGUCUCAAAACAACGCUUUCAUCAAGUAGUGGUGCUGGGGUCGUUUUGAGACGUCUCAAAACAACGCUUUCAUCAAGUAGUGGUGCUGGGGUCGUUUUGAGACGUCUCAAAACAACGCUUUCAUCAAGUAGUGGUGCUGGGGUCGUUUUGAGACGUCUCAAAACAACGCUUUCAUCAAGUAGUGGUGCUGGGGUCGUUUUGAGACGUCUCAAAACAACGCUUUCAUCAAGUAGUGGUGCUGGGAUCGUUUUGAGACGUCUCAAAACAACGCUUUCAUCAAGUAGUGGUGCUGGGGUCGUUUUGAGACGUCUCAAAACAACGCUUUCAUCAAGUAGUGGUGCUGGGGUCGUUUUGAGACGUCUCAAAACAACGCUUUCAUCAAGUAGUGGUGCUGGGGUCGUUUUGAGACGUCUCAAAACAACGCUUUCAUCAAGUAGUGGUGCUGGGAUCGUUUUGAGACGUCUCAAAACAACGCUUUCAUCAAGUAGUGGUCCUGGGGUCGUUUUGAGACGUCUCAAAACAACGCUUUCAUCAAGUAGUGGUGCUGGGGUCGUUUUGAGACGUCUCAAAACAACGCUUUCAUCAAGUAGUGGUGCUGGGGUCGUCUCAAAACAACACUUUUCAUCAAGUAGUGGUGCUGGGGUCGUCUCAAAACAACACUUUUCAUCAAGUAGUGGUGCUGGGGUCGAACCAGCGAUGCGCAAGCGCAUGGCGCGCGCACAGGAUGGAAUCCUGAAGCACAUGCUGCGAAUGAUGGAGCUCUGCCACGCGCGCGGGUUCAUCUACGGCGUCAUUCCCGAGGCUACCUCAAUGCGAAAGCGCAUGGCGCGAGCACAAGACGGAAUCCUGAAGCACAUGCUGCGAAUGAUGGAGCUCUGCCACGCGCGCGGGUUCGUCUACGGCGUCAUUCCCGAGGCUGGCAAGCCGGUUGGGGGCAGCUCCGACAACCUCCGAGCCUGGUGGAAGGACAAGGUUCGGUUCGACAAGAACGGCCCGGCAGCUCUGGCCAAGUUUGAGGCGGAACGGGCGGCGGCCAUGGGGAGAGGCGCAGGGGGAGGGGAGGGCGGGGGAGGCGCAGGGGGACUGGCGCCCACUUGCAUGCCUCUACAUUCACUUCUGGAGUUGCAGGAUACUACGCUUGGUUCCCUGUUGUCUGCUCUCAUGCAGUCGACUCAAAACGAGGUGACUUUUGAGUCGACUCAAAACGAGGUGACUUUUGAGUCGACUCAAAACGAGGUGACUUUUGAGUCGACUCAAAACGAGGUGACUUUUGAGUCGACUCAAAACGAGGUGACUUUUGAGUCGACUCAAAACGAGGUGACUUUUGAGUCGACUCAAAACGAGGUGACUUUUGAGUCGACUCAAAACGAGGUGACUUUUGAGUCGACUCAAAACGAGGUGACUUUUGAGUCGACUCAAAACGAGGACAAGGUUCGGUUCGACAAGAACGGCCCGGCAGCCCUGGCCAAGUUUGAGGCGGAACGGGCGGCGGCCAUGGGGGGAGGCGCAGGGGGAGGGGAGGGCGGGGGAGGCGCAGGGGGCCUGGCGCCCACGUGCAUGCCUCUGCACUCGCUGCUGGAGCUGCAGGAUACCACGCUGGGGUCGCUGCUGUCUGCUUUGAUGCAGCACUGCUCCCCCCCCCAGCGCAAGUUCCCACUAGACAAGGGCGUCACCCCCCCCUUGUGGCCGCCAGGCAACGAGCCCUGCACUGCUCCCCCCCCCAGCGCAAAUUUCCUCUGGAUAAAGGCAUCGCCCCCCCUUGGUGGCCGUCAGGCAACGAGCCCUGGUGGGGCGCUCUCUCCCAUUUCCACUCCCCUCGGACUCCACUGCUCUCCCCCUCAGCGCAAGUUCCCCCUGGACAAGGGCGUAGCCCCCCCUUGGUGGCCGUCAGGCAACGAGCCCUGGUGGGGCGCUCUCUCCCAGGGGCUCGGGCUGAAUCAAAUCACGAGCCCGGGCGGCGCUGGAGAGUCGGGACUGCCGCCCUACCGCAAGCCGCAUGAUCUGAAGAAGGUGGCCAAGGCGGCCGUGCUGGCGACGGUUAUUAAGCACAUGCUGCCGGAUGUGGCAAAGAUAAGGCGACUGAUUCGCCAGAACAAGGGGCUGCAGGUGGCCAAGGCGGCUGUGCUGGCGACGGUUAUUAAACACAUGCUGCCGGAUGUGGCAAAGAUGAGACGGCUGAUUCGGCAGAACAAGGGGUUACAGAAUAAGAUGUCAGCACUGGAGACGAGCAUUUGGCUCGCGAUACUGAAUAACGAAGAGCGAGCAAUCAAACUCCAAAACGGUGACCUAUCUACUGUUGCUGCUGGUACUGCUGGUGCUGCUGGUGCCGGUGUUGGUAAUGGGACCGGGCAGGAAAGAAUUUCCGGCGAGCUGCCCACGGGCAGGUCGGCGAACAGCUUGCAGCUUCUCGAGGGCAGUGGAGCUGCAACCAGCUCGGGCGGGCAGCAAAACGGGCAGAGAAAAACAGGCACUGGCGCUGGAGCAGCAGGAGCAGGAGCAGCAGCCGGAGGUGGAGGGGGAGGAGGAGAGGAGGAUGGGGAUGAGUGGGAUAUAGAGGAGGACUAUGAUCCGUACAGCAGCGACGGGCAGCGGCAGAAGAAGAGAAGGCAGAGAAGAAUGGCGGGAGUUGGGGCAGGGGGAGGGGGAGGAGCGGGAGUGGGGGGAGUGGGGGGAGUGGGGGGAGUGGCGGGGGUAGGGGCAGGGGGGAUGGCGGGAGUCGGGGGCGUAUGGGCAGGGGGAAUGGCAGGGGCGGGGGUGUCUGCUGCUGGUGGGGACGUUGGGGGGAUUGUUGAAGGGGGAGGAGGGGGAGUAGGGGGAGGGGGGAUGAUGAUGUUGUUGGGUGGGGGAGAGGAUGGGAGCAGGCAGCAAGGAGGGGCGAUGGUGGUUGUCCAGACUGCUGAGCUGGUCAGGGAGGUGGUGGUGCAAUCACACGCGCCGGUACACAGUAGCAUGCAUUCUUUGGCAUGGCAGUCACAAGCACAAGCAGCUCAGUUCUCCCAAGCCUCUGCUUCAGGCAUGGCAAUGCCGAACCAGCAGCCAGACCAGCAGAUGUACCAGCAGCCAUACCAGCUGCACCCGCACCAGCGCCCAAACCAGCACCCUAGUCAGCUACCGAACCAGCACUCGAGCCAGCAUCUUAGUCAGGAGCAGCAGCAGCAGCUAUUCCUGCCGUUGAUGCAGAUGCAAUCAAUGGCUGACGAUGCUCCUGCUUAUACCCAUGCCGGUGCUUUUAUUGCUCCCCCUCCUCACUCCUCCACACCCCCCUCCUCCCUUCCCUCAUCACAUCCCUCCUCUCUCCCUCAUGCCACCUCUCAACCCCUCCUGGCCCCACACACUCGCCUCCUCCCUCCUCACCUCCACACUCACUCAAAUCCCUAUUCCCAACACCACCUCAUACCCUCCCAGUCCCUUCCGAACCUCCCUGCCGAGCCUCUACCCCAAGGCUCGGCAAUGGUGCCAUACCAAGUGCCCCAGCCCAUGCUUCUAGGAUCCCCACUCCUGAGCAACAGCUUUGGUCCUGGAGGCCAUCCUGCCGGACCUCAUGUUGCCGUACCUAUUCGUGCCGAACCUUGCAGUACUGGACCUAAUUUGUCCAAUAUGCCCAGGCUUGUCACCCCUGUGGUGAUUCGAUCCCGUCAGUACAAUCACUACCCUUCUCCUUCCAACCCUCCAUCCUCCCACAGUCAACCAGGAUCAACCCACCCCUCCCUCACCUCCCCCCACCCAUCUUCCUCCUCCCCCCGCCCCUCCUCCGUUUCCCCACGCGCCUCCCUCACCCUCCCCCCCAACUUCCCCUUCCCUAACUCCCCCUUCCGCCCUUCCCCCCAGUUCCCCUUCCAGCCUUCCCCCCAGUUCCCCUUCCAGCCUUCCCCCCAAUACCCCUUCCAACCUCCCUUUCACUCCACCUCUAUUCCCCCUUCUUCCCCCAACCGUCCCCCCUCUCCAUUCUUCCACUCCCUCUCCCCCAACAAUCCUUCCCCUCAUCACACUCCUCCCACGAAUUCCCCCAUUCGGCCCACUCUGGAGCAAUCCCAAGGGGGGUGUAGAAGGACCCACAGCCGAGCUUUGGCUGAGGAAGGGGGGAGUGGUAGGAGGGGAAGAGGAGGGGAAGGAGGAGGGGAGAGAGGAGGGGAGCGAGAGGAAGAAAUAGAGCCUUUACCUCCUGCGGCUUUAGAGAGGGGGAUGAGUUUCAACAGCAGGAGGAGGAGGGGAGUGAGGGAGGGAGGAGGGACGAGAGAGGGAGAAUCAGGAGAUCAGGGAAGACAGGUGGCAGCAACUGCUGGGAGAGUGGCAGGGGGAGAAGCAGGGGCGGGAGGAGGAGGGGAAGUCGCGGGAGAGGCAGAGGGAGAGGGGCAAUGGUCUUUACUGCACUUGGCUCAUGAUGUGAUGGGAGCAGUGGGAGGGGUUGGGCAUGAGGUUGGGGGAGGAGGGGUAGGGGAGGCGCAGGAGGGAGGAGAGCAGCAGGGGCAGCUGGAUGGGAUGAUGAUGGUGCAGAAUCUUCCGAUUCUGGACAACUUUGGAUUUGAUCCUUUCAUGGAUGAGGAUCUUAUUUGGUACUUUGGUGCCUAG